CGUUGAGAUCGCGAACUUGCAGCAACCUUGGACACCGCUUUCACACUGAAGGACGCGAAGUCGGAGAAAUCUCACUGCUUUGCUUUACUUCUUUUAUCAGCCAACCUGCCUGCACCAUGUCUAGCAACUCAUAUCAGCCCAUUCCCUCACAAUCACCUCCUGUCUCUAGGUCGAAUUCCCCCUCUACAUCGCAAACCACCUUUCCCCCUCGUCCUAAUCAUCCUUUUGGCGACGAGGAUGAAGAGUACCAAGAGCGUCUGCGCGGAUACCAAGCUGAAUUUAACCGACCACCUCCUGCUUGGUGGAAGCGUAUGUUUUUGAUCCUUGCAAUUAUCGCGAUGGGUUGGCUUUCUAUCUAUCUCGGUAAACGAGGAAUGAGCAAGAAGCCACAGGUGAUCUAUGCCAGUCGAUAUUCCGAAGAGUUUAAAUACCGCCCUGCUGCAUCGCCCGUUAUUACCGAAACACUUUCUGAUGGGCGUAUUCGAAUUCGCGGAGCAUCAGUUGGUGGAGUGGGUGUGCGCGAGGAGGAUAUUCCUUUGACACCGGCAAUGAAGGCUAAAAGAGACCAGGAGAGGAGAGAAGAGGCUCGAGAAAAGGCGAGAGAGAAGAUGGGUUUGAAGACUAAGAGCAAAAAGAGGGGUAAAAAGGGCGCAAAAAAGGCAACGGCAUAAGCGGAGAGUGUAGACGAGUGAAUUGCAUUUAUCAUAUCCACGAUAUGAUAGGAGAUGGACAUUUACGAAGCAUAUAGUAGAUGACAUAAACAGCAGGAUAUGAUCUGAGUGAUUUCGAUCAUAAAUAUUCCCAAUGCAUAGUUCAAACCAAACGAAACCAAA